AUGGGCAAGAAGUCCGGAGGUGGCAAGAGAAAAGGGAAGCCUGUACAGACGGUCAGCAGCAUCAAGGCCAAAGGCUGCAAAGUCCGUCGGUCGAAAGGCCAGGCAAAAGGCGAUAAAGGCGAGAGUGCGAGGAAACAGGUUCGCCAUGAGGCCAAGGAAACGCGUGCUUUGAGGCGUCGUGCCCAUGGCAAGGAGGAGGCGGUACACGAAACACGGCAGCGUUUGCGUGCCAAGCUGCUUCAGCGGCAACUGACCCGAGGUCCUGCUGCCAAGCCCGGCGAAGAGCGACGGCAGAUCUUGGUGGAGUUAGCAGGCUUCCAGACGGAAGCUGGACAGCAGCGGUCGGCCAUCAAGUUGCUUCAGGAGGCGUUGGACAUGUGUCCGGACGAUCCCGAUUUUAAGGUGCGCGCGCCUCUGUUGGCUCUUUACAUGGAUCGGGCAAUGACGGAGGAGGCGGCAUCACUUCUGAAGGGUCCACUCUUUGAAAUCGAGACGGCGCCAAUGGCACCUGAAGGAUCUGAACGAGAGAGCAGCGCGACCAGCGCGACCGGCGCGACCGGCGCGAAACGGGAGGCAAUCACAGUUGGCCGCUACUCGUUGGCUUUGCUCAGCUACAUCUCUGUCCGUGUGUUGCAGGAGCACAAGAAGCGCGACGGCAAGAAGGCGGAAGGCCGGCUCUUAGAGCGACUUCGGGCGGCGCACCGUCAAAAUCCCUUCGUUGCUGAGUACAUUGCCUUUGCGCCGGCCUUCGAGCCUGUGUUCCCUCUGGGCUGCGAUUUGCCCGGUUUGCACGGCUUGCCCGCAGAAGGAAGCUGCGAGAUGGAACUGCUGGAAGCCCUGAGAUACUGCUGUCAGAUGGGUGGGCGUGGUCAGAUCUCGGUCUGGCUCGACACUGAUCCAUUUGUCCGCAGCUUUGUGCGCGAAGUUCUGUUUGAGGGCGGGGCUGGCCAGGAAGCCACAACCGAUGCAGGAGAGGAAAAGGAGCUUGAUGAACCUCCCCCGCUGCCAUUGCUCCCAGCCCAGUCGCCUGGCGAGCCCCCUGUUCUGACCCGAUGGAGAAGGGCACGCGAAGCGGCGAUGCAGCUGUGGGCAUCAGACAUUGCAGCUGAAGCUGGCUUCUGUGAAGGACAGGAAGAGUGCGAGGAAGAGGAAGGAAGCUUUACGGAUGAUGAUGCGGUGGACGAUGACGUCUGCUGA